GCUAUGUCUGGUGAUUGGUUCACCACUAACGAAACGGGGUGUCCACAACAUUUGAGUAAAAGAAAAUUAGUUUGGAAAUUACGAAAAUGCCGGAAAGCGACGUGACCAAAAUGAAGGUGGCGGAUUUGAAACGCGAGCUGAAGCUUCGGGGUCUAACUGUAAAUGGCAAUAAGACGGAGCUCCAGGACCGCCUGCAAACCGCUCUGUUGGAGGGAGACAUUUCUCUGGAGGAUUCUGCCAUAGCGGACGCCAUUGACGACGACGAUGUGUCGCUGACAGACGAAGAUGAGCACAAGCUGCUAGGCGACGAGAACGACGACGAGCUCCUGAAGAGUCCGGUUAGUACGCCCACAACAGUAGGCGUUCCGGACCUGCUGGCGGAGGAUAAGACGGCAACGGGCUCAGAAGCUGCUCUUCCCGCAAAGAAAAUAGUGCUCAAGCGAAACAACUCUCAGCAAUCGUCGGGCACGACGGUCAGCACGGGGACACCGCCGUCCAAGGAGAACGAAGCCCCAAUUGCAAGUGCUGAAGAUUCCACCGGAGAGACUCCCACCAAAAAGCACAAGCCCAUAGUAGUUGGUCCCAAAACUGAGGAUGGUAAGCCAUCCGGGGACAAGAAGCUCAACCAGUUGACAGCCCAAGAGCGAUUGGAACUCCGGGCCAAGAAGUUUGGCAUUACGCCAGUCGCCGCCACAGCUCCAACAGUGGCCACCACUGCUUCCACAGUUGCUGCAGCCAUUAACAAAUCCUCGAGCGCCUCCAUUACGGCCAACAAGGGCAACAAGGAGACGGAGGAGCAGCAGAAGGAGGCUCUCAAAAGACGCGCCGAACGAUUUGGAUGCGUGGUGCCCGACAAAGCACCUAAAUCAGUGGGUGAUGACCGGCUUCAGAAGCGAAAGGAGCGUUUUGGAGCAGGAGCAGCAGCAGCAGCAACAGAAACCACCUCGACGGCCUCCACAACGGAGUCAAAGGACGCCUGGUCAGAGAAAGCACGCGCACGCUUGGAAAGAUUCAAAACCGCUCCGGCCGCCGAAGCCACGAAAUAAGGCAACAAAACUAAUUACUUAGGCAAGCAAAUACAAUUGUAAAUCCCUUCCUUCGUAGGAAGAUAAUGCAUUCAUAUGUCAAACCUUAUAGCCACCAAUGCUUGUAGCAAUUAAGGAAAAUUCAAUAAACGUACAUCUCAACACAAA